AUGGCACCGCCUCAAGAUAACCGGCCCACACCCGUGGCUGGUAACAGCUUCCUCGCAGAUCCCUUCCAAGAUCCUUCUUCGGACAGCGCAUCAUCCCAAGGCCCUUCGAGGAGACCUUCUAGUGAAAUUCCACCUUCGCCUGUCGCUACAGCACCGCCUGCGGUUCCUGCCCCUGUGGUUCCUGCUUCUGCUCGUGCUCCUCCAGUUCCUGUUGCUCGUCCUUUUCCCCAGGUACAACUACCUGUCGAUGUUAUUACUCCUGCCCCCGCUGCUCCUGCUGCUCCUCCAGCAGGUGAAGUCUCUCAACAAGAGUUUGAUGAGAAGACCGGUGGUGUCUUGGCACCUGCUGGCGAUGUCGAGCAAGGCCGGGCGGCCGCUGCCCCUGCCGGCGCGGACGCGGAAAAGUCCGGCGAGCCGGUCCGCAAGAGCAGGAAUCCCUUCAAGCGCGGCUAUUGGGCCUUCCGGAACACCUACUGCCCCAAGGAAGAGCCGGGCCUCGUCUUCCCUACCGGCCCCGAUGACGAGGAGAAGCUCCGCUAUGUGCACACCAAUCGCAUUCCCCUCUACAUCUUCGGCAUCAUCUCCUUCCUGACCCUCUCGGCGGGUAUGUGGCUCUUCGCCGUCUGCACCCCCAUAUUCGCCUGGUACGGCGUCUUCGUCGGCUUCCUCAACAUCUACCUCAUCAUCUCUUACCUCGUCGGUGUCGUUGGUCGCGACUGGGACUACGAUGGCCACAAGCAAAUGGUCGAGCAAUUCCCCAUCACCGAUGAGACUGCUCCUACCGUCGACGUCUACCUCCCAUGCUGCUCCGAGCCUCUCGAGAUUCUCGAAAACACCUACCAGCACGUCAUCAAGCUCGACUGGCCCGCCACCAAGCUCAAGGUCUACGUUCUUGAUGACAGCGCUUCCGAUGCCGUUCGUACCCUCGCUGAGUCAUAUGGCUUCAACUACAUCGUUCGUGACGACCGCCCUCGUCUUCGCAAGGCCGGUAACCUCCGCUGGGCUUUCUCUCGCACUCAGGGCGACUACUUCGCUAUUUUCGACGCCGAUUUCUGCCCCCGACCCGAUUUUCUCCGUGAACUCGUUGUCGAGCACAUGGCCGAUGACAAGACCGCUAUCGUUCAGAGCCCCCAGUACUUCAGAGUCACGGAUGAUCAGACUUGGGUUGAGCAGGGUGCCGGAGCUACCCAGGAGCUUUUCUAUCGUGUCGUUCAGGUCAACAGAAACAAGUGGGGUGCUUCCAUUUGCGUCGGUUCCAAUGCCGUGUACAGACGAGCUGCUCUCGAAGAGGUUGGCGGUACUGCUGAGAUUGGUUUCUCUGAGGACGUGCAUACUGGAUUUGGCGCUGUCGAUCGCGGCUGGAAGGUCAAGUACGUCCCGCUCUGCUUGGCCACCGGUAUCUGCCCCAACACUCCACGCUCCUUCUUCUCGCAGCAGAUGCGCUGGGCUCGCGGUUCCACCACUCUCUUAACCACCAAGCAUUUCUGGACUUCCAACUUGAACUUUAUGCAAAAGUUGUGCUAUCUCUGUGGUCUGCUCUACUACUCGGCCGUCUCCCUCGGCAUCUUCAUCUCCCCCAUCCCCGGCACCCUCCUCCUCGCCUUUCGCCCCGAAUACUUCAAGUACUACAACCUCGCCUUCGCCAUCCCCUCCAUCGUCUACGGCGCCGUCGUCUUCCGCUUUUGGGCCAAGGCCAAGUACGGCUUCAACGUCCAGCACAUCAUGAUUGUGCAGUCGUACGCCUACCUGACCGCCAUCAAGGACCGUCUCUUCGGUAUCGAGCUCCUCUGGGCUGCUUCGGGAGAUAAGAAGGCACACAAGAGCAACAAGUACCGCAACAUGCGCGUGCUGUGCACGUUGUGGACGAUUCUUAAUGUGGGUGGUAUGAUUACUGCUGUUGUUUACAGAGUCGGGUUUAAGGGGUUGCAUUGGUAUCACACCUUGCCCUUGAUCAUCCUGUCGACGUAUAACUUGUAUAUCAGCCAUUACUUUAUUUUUGCUUCUUGGAAAUGGUAA